UGUUCGAGCCGUGUCCCCCAACACAACAAUCUCUCCCUCUCCUAUGGCAGACCAACCUGCUUCACAUCUCCCCCGGGCGGACACGGAGGGCCCCAGCAUGGAGCUGUCUGAUUUGAGUACAGCAACACGCUGGAAGCGCUUCAAGGCCAGAUAUGCAGCCUCACCUCCGCCAGUGUCGGUUGACGACGCGCCCGAUAUUCCUCUUGCACACGCGUCGUACAUAUCAAGGCUGACAUUCUAUUGGAUGGACUCGCUCCUGCUGCGUGGAUUCAAACGGCCGCUCGAAUCGUCUGAUCUGUGGCAACUGGACGAGACGCGUCAAGCCGGCCCUCUUGCCGACCGCCUCCUGGCCAACAUUGACAAGCGUCAGGCCGAGGCCAGGGCGUACAAUGCGUCACUGAGCACGGUCAAUCCGUCUGUCCUCCGGCAGAUUCAGUGGAUCGUGCGCGGCGCGACCCAGUCCGGGCUGCCGAAAAACCUAGGCUCGUUCGGGCCAGUCGACACGCUUGUCCAUCGUGUCCGGUCCCAGCACGCCGAGUGGCAGCAGCACUCGGGUAAGCGGGGCGGUGGAAUAACCCUCGCGCGUGCCCUGAUCGACACGUUCCCAUCGCUAUGGACGGCCCUGCCAUACAAGGCCUGCGCAGAUGCUGCUGCCAUGCUGAACCCCCUUCUCACCAAGGCCAUUAUCCGAUUCAGCCAGCAGGAAUAUGCCGCCACGCACGCGUCGCCCAGCUCGGAGCGUCGUUCGAAGUCGCCGGGCAUGGGUCGCGGCAUCGCCAUGACACUGGGCCUCUUCCUGCUAUUCCUGUUCCAGGCGCUGGUCCAAGGGCAGUUUCAGCUUGUUGUGUCUCAGGAGGGCCUGAAGGCAAAGGCUGGCCUCUCGCAGGCGCUGUACACCGCUGCUGUACGGCACACCGUGUCGGCGCGCGCCCAGCACCUGACUGGCAAGCUCGUCACCCACCUCUCGGCCGACAUCGGGCGCGUCGCGCUUGCCCCUCGAUUCGUCAUUGGCAUGAUAGUAACGCCGGUGACUCUGGCCGCCGUCCUCAUCCUGCUGUGCAUCCAGAUUGGCGUAGCUGGCAUCAUUGGCUUUGUGGCCGUCGUCGUAGCCAUGCCCAUCACAAACUGGCUGACGAGACAAACCUUCAAGCAGCGCAAACAGUCGACCGAGUUCACGACCGCGCGCUCAAAGCUGCUGCAGGAGCUGCUCGCAUCCAUGGCAGCCGUCAAGAUGUUCACGUACGAGCUCCCCUUCCUCGCGCGCCUCGACACCAUCCGCCAGUCGGAGAUGAAGGGCGUCCGCAACAUCAACUUUUUGAGCGCGACAACGCUAUGUGUCUUCGAGUCGCUGCCUCUGGUCGGCUCGGUGUUUGCCUUCAUCAUGUACUCUGCACUCCACCCGCACAUGGAUGUCGCAAACCUGUUCACGGCCUUGACCUACUUCAAUCUACUGCAGGGCCCCCUCUAUUCAAUCCCAGCAGCUCUGGCGUCUCCUGCCGACGCCACCAAUGCCCUCCAGCGGCUAUCACCGGUAUUUGAGGCUGAGCAGCGUAGGGACGAGUCACCUUCUAUCGACCCGCAGCUUGAUGUUGGCAUCCGAGUGCGCCAUGCCUCAUUCCAGUGGGAGCACGCAGGGGCUAGCAAGGUAGAAAAGAGCGGCGACCCCUUGUCCGAACCGUUCGCCGUCCGCGAUCUCAGUCUUGAGGUCCCUCGCGGUCGACUGGCUGCCAUUAUCGGCCCGGUGGGGUCAGGCAAGAGCAGCAUCCUCCAAGGCGUCCUCGGGGACAUGCGGUCAAUGGACGACAAAGGCGCCGUUCUGUUCGGUGGGCGGACGGCUUACUGCCCCCAGGUUCCGUGGAUCCAGAACGCUACACUCCGCGACAACGUCGUGUUCGGACAGCCGUGGAAUGAGGACCGGUACUGGCGCUGCAUAGCCCAGGCUAGCCUGACCGCCGACUUGGACAUCCUCCCUGACCGAGACCACACCGAGGUGAGUGCUGCAGCACAGCCAGCGGCUGAUGUUCAGAUUGGUGAGAAAGGUAUCAACUUGUCCGGUGGCCAGAAGCAGCGCAUAAGCAUUGCCCGUGCUCUGUACUACGAUGCCGAGGUCUUUCUUCUCGAUGACCCGCUCAGUGCUCUGGAUGCCCAUGUCGGCAAGGCCGUGUUCAACAACGCCAUUCUCGAGCUGUGUGCUCGUGGCAAAUCUGUAUUGCUUGUCACCCACGGACUGCACCUGCUUCCACACGUCGACUACAUUUAUUCCGUGUCUGAUGGGCGUAUUGUCGAGCAAGGAACAUACAGCGACUUGAAGGCAUCCCCAUCAUUCACAACUCUGAUUGACACCUUUGGCGGCCGGGAAGAGGUCGCCGGCGAUCCCAAGGCCAACAACGACCCAAAGGCCCAUGACCAAGCCGCUGGUGCGGGUGCGACCGGUUCAGACAAGGCAAGAGACGCAUCCAAGAUGAAGGGCCGCCUCACCGUGGCCGAAAAGCGCGUGACGGGGGCGGUAGGCCCCUACGUCUACUGGGGGUACAUAGUCGCGGCCAACGUGCUGUGGCUCAUCCCCCUUGCGUUACUUAUCGUCCUAUCUCAAGGAGCUCAGAUCAUGUCGACCAUCUGGCUGACGUACUGGGAAGCAAACAGCCUGCACCGCCAGCCGGCAUUCUACCAAGGAAUCUACGCCAUGACUGGCGUCCUCUCCGCCUCCUUCAACGGCCUCACUGGCGUCGCGCUCGCCUUCAUGUCGGUCAAUGCGUCCCGCAACCUGUACAGAAAGGCGCUGCGGCACGUCUUCUUCAGCCCCAUGAGCUUUUUCGACACAACCCCGCUUGGACGCAUUCAGGGCAUCUUCAGCACCGAUGUGAGCACCAUGGACAAUGCAGUGCCGGUUGCGCUGCGGUACACCUUGACCACGGCGGCAGGGCUCGUUGGCGCGGUCAUUGUCAUUUCAAUCCCCUUUCCGUACUAUGUAGGAAUUGCGGCAGCUGUCGCCGCCACAUAUGGUGUCAUUGUGUUCUACUACCGCCCCUUUGCCCGCGAGUCGCAGCGCCUGGACGCCCUCAACCGAGGCCUGCUGUUCUCCCACUUCUCCGAGUCGCUCGCUGGCCUGGCCACCAUCCGCACAUAUGGCGAGACGGGCCAGUUCCUCGCCAAAAACGCCCGCCUUGUGGAUCUUCAGAACCGUGCCACGGUGGUCAAUAGCGCUGGCAAACAGUGGCUCUAUGUUCGUCUCGAGAUGACGGGCUCGCUGCUCAUCUUUGCCAUCGGCCUCAUGUGCACCGCUGGAGGGGGCCACAUCAACCCGGGUCAAGUGGCCCUGAUCCUCAACUAUAUGGUGGUAACCACGACACAACUCAGCGCGUUAUCGGGGGUCAGCACCAUGCUGGAGACGUCUAUGAACUCUGUGGAGCGCAUUCUGCCAUAUGCAGAUGGGCGCCUAGCCCAGGAGGCUGCCUACGAGAACCCCAGCGAUCCCCGUGGCCAGUGGAUCGACAAGGGUGCCAUCGGCAUGGACAAGAUUGUCAUGGCGUAUCGACCUGGCCAGCCGACGGUUCUGAAGAACGUCUCCGUCGCCAUCCAGCCUGGAGAGAGAAUCGGCAUCGUCGGACGCACAGGCGCGGGCAAGAGCUCACUCACCAUCGCGCUGUGCCGCCUCGCCGAGCUCACAUCAGGCAGCAUCUCCCUCGACAGUGUCGACACCUCCGGCAUCGGCCUCCGCGCCCUGCGGUCCAACCUGGCGAUUAUCCCGCAGGAGCCAGUGCUUUUCAGCGGAACCCUUCGGUCCAACCUCGACCCGUUCGAUGAGCACUCUGACGCUGUCCUGCAUGACGUGCUGCAGCGCGCGCACCUUGCCGGGAGGAAAACGCCGUCGGGAAAGCAGCGCUUCACCCUCGACAUGGUGAUCGACCCAUCCGGCGCCAACCUGAGCGUGGGCGAGCGCUCGCUCGUGAGCCUCGCCCGUGCACUCGUACGCAGCUCCAAGAUCUUGGUCCUGGACGAGGCGACCGCGAGCGUCGACCUCGAGACGGACGCGGCGAUUCAGCUCGCCAUUCGCGAAGACUGCCGCCGUACCCCGCGGACGCUGCUUUGCAUCGCUCACCGGCUGCGGACCAUUCUUGGCUGGGACAAGAUCCUCGUCAUGGACGCCGGCGAGGUCGUCGCCUAUGCGCCGCCACUCGAGCUCUUUGACGACGAGGAUAGCAUCUUCCGGCUCAUGUGCGACGAUUCUGGCAUUGUUCGCGAGGAUGUUGUGAUGGCGGGGAGGGCGGGGUAGGGCGAGGGUCGCGAAGUGGAGCACUGUGUCAGCGAGUGAAGCUGUUGGGUGGUAUCGAGCAGGUACGAGGACGAAUGAGCAGGCAUGGACUCGCCUACUCCACCCCCCGUCCACCCCCCGUCCCUCCAAAGUACAACCCUGCAUUAUAAUCUAUCGGUUUCCGUGUAUGAAGUGACCUGAAAUAUCCCAAAAGAGUAGUAGUCUCUCUCGACUAGAUGAAACUGGGCUUGCGCGAGCGCGGGUUGAGCGAUGCAGCAAGGUCGGCCGUCGCGAGCUCGGCGGCCGACUUGGUGGCCAUCGCGAGAAGCGGGUGGGCCAUUGUCGAGUGGGGGGACGACGAGUGAGUCGAUAUCGCGCGGCUGGGCGGAAGCGGUAUCGACGGGAGCGUCAUCGACGACGGAAGCGUGGGCGACUGCGUCGCGAUGCUACUCGGCGGCGGAGAGGUCGACCUCGAUGCCGGGGACAGCGUCGGCGUGCGCUCGCCGUCCGGGGAGAACACUGGCCCCGAGCCGCGCGGCCUGUUGGCCACGGAGCGCAGGAGAUCGGCGUUUCCUUUCAUCUGGUUGUAGUACUCGGGCCCGUUGGCCGUGUACAUGCGGUUGAGCUCGUCCUCGUAGUAGUCUUCGAUGACGGGGCGAAUGAGUUUCUGAGCGGCGGUCAACAACCCGAGGUCGGACGUCCACUCGUCGGCGGUGAGCACGAGCGCCUCGAGGAGCUCCACACCACGCAAGCCCUCACGACGCGCCGACUCGUUGAGCACGUCGAGGACGAGCGACACGAGGCGUGGGUUGCGGCACUGCACCUCAAUGUCGUGCGGGUAGCAUGGGAUGCCGUGCUUGCGCGCAAACGAGGGCAGGUUGGCCGGGUGCACUACGGCCACGAGGGCCGGGCGCGCGUGGAACGGGUUGGCGACUACGCAGCAGUUCGUGAUGAGCGGGCACGACUUGUAGAUCGACUCAAGGCGUUCGAGCGCAACACCGGUGCCACCUGCCAGCGGCACAUGGUUCUUGACUCUGUCGAUGAUGGUCAACGUGCCGUCGGGGUUCCACUGCCCAAUGUCGCCGGUGAGGAACCAGCCGUCGUUUGUGAACGCCGCACGGUUGAGCUCGCGGUUGUGGUAGCCGGCGCACACGGACGGCCCUCGGACGUACACCUCGCCGCGGGGCGGGUUGUCGUUGGACGAGUAGCCGGGGUGCACGUCGAGCCUGUCGACGAGCUUGAUCUCGCACCCAGGUGCUGGUCCACCGACAGACCCAAACGUCCGCCAGUUGGGGUGUUGGAUCGUGACGCCGCCGCACUCGGUCAUGCCGUACGCCUGGAUCAUCUGUACCAGCGCAAUGGACAGGAACUUUUGCGUGCUCGGUGACAGCGGCGUGCCGCUGUUGAGGAUCGUGCGCAGCCGGCCGCCGGUGAGCUCCUUGACGCGGUUGAAGACCAUGGCAUCGGACAGCUUGGCGAGCCCGGGGAUACUCUUGCUCUGUCCCGCAUACUUGGCCUUCAUGGCCGUGUUGAACACGGUCUUCUUGAGGCCGGAGGACACCUUGCCCAUGAUGCCCUUGCGGAGCAGCUCCCAGACGGUAGGAACGGCAAUCAUGACCGACGGCCGCGCCUCCAUGAUG